AUGUUUCAUCAACCACAACAACAAUCACAUCAUCAUCAUCAUCAUACACAACAGCAACAACAUCAUCAUCAUCAACAUGGUAAUCAAACAUCACCGUUGAUGGGUGGUGGUGGUUCAGGUAACCAGUCGAAUCCACUGUCAGCUCUUCAACCACAAGACAAUCGAGUCAAAGGAAUGAUGCGUGCCGACCACAAGUUCUCCUAUAAGGAGACUGUCUAUCGAUCGACCGUGGUAUCGAGCGGACCGAUGUGGGCAGAGAACUCUAUCCUUCCAUCAGAGAUACACAUUAGAACAGAGAAACCAAAGUCAACACGAUCACCUAACCAGAUGCAAUCUACAACCAACGCGAAAGACAAGAUGAGUGCACGUUAUGUCGGUGUGCCACAAAUCAAAGAUAAAAUCAACGCAGUCAUUAGAAAUGUUGUAGACAUCAGUGUAUCCGACAAAUUCAUACAGCUCAUCGAGAACAUGGGUUAUGUCAAAGACUAUGAAUACUAUGUCGAUGGUUUCUGCUAUAGUACUUAUUAUGUAUCGUUGUAUAUCGUACAACAUUCAAGGUCAUUACCUGAUGGAUCACAAGGAGAAUCAUUAACAAAGAACAGUAUGGUUGAAUUACAAUGUCUAUCAGGUGAAGAAGGUUUUAGUCAAGCUGCUGAUUAUUUGAAUACUUAUGCUGAAUAUUUAUAUCCGUUUGUAUUAAUCAUUCAAUGA